AUGGAGGAAUGGCCUGAAUGGAUUCUCGAGGUCCUAAUUUCAAACUAUGAGAUAGAGAAUACAAGAGGGAAAACUGAUGGAACACUGUUCAUAGAGCUUGCAGCCUAUAUGGAUCAGGCCAGUGACAUAUGGCAUAUGUCUUUGGGUCCAAGCAAAUCAUGUGAUUCGACAAGUCUUGGGGACAUAGAGGACCUUAUAUAUAAAUUUCUUGUUAUCAUGCUAGAACGUUCAAUGCGCCAAAAGGAUGGAUGGAAGGUUGAUGAUAUUGAAGCAGCAAUUCAUUGUGCUGAAUGGCUUUCAAUUAUAGGUGGAUCUAGCACAGGAGAGCAGCGAAUUAGGCGUGAAGAAUCAUUACCCAUAUUUAAGAGAAGACUCUUUGGUGGCUUGCUGGACUUCGCUUCUAGUGAAUUGCAGGUCCAGACUCAAAUUAUUGCUAUGGCUGCUGCCGGUGUUGCUGCCGAGGGUUUGUCUGCAAAUGCAGCGAAGGCAGAGGCUGAGAUUGCUACUCACCUGUCUGUGGCUUUAGUAGAGAAUGUCAUUGUGAUACUUAUGCUUGUUGAGGAUCAUGUACGGUCACAGAGCAAGCAAUCCUCUUCUUCACGUGCUACAGAUGGCUCUCCAUCUCCUCUCUCUCUCUUUUAUCCAAUCCAUUAUAACUUAGCAGAAGCAACAGAUGUUAGGGGUGAUCGCACAUCAUCAUCUAGAAACUCUGGAGGAGUCUCUCUUGAUGUACUCUCUUCAAUGGCUGAUGCAAAUGGUCAAAUAUCGGCUUCAGUUAUUGAAAAGCUCGCUGCAGCAGCUGCAGCUGAUCCAUAUGAGUCUGUUUCUUGUGCUUUUGUAUCAUAUGGUUCUUGUGCUAAGGAUUUAGCUAUUGGGUGGAAAUAUAGAAGCCGUUUGUGGUACGGUGUUGGCCUUCCAUCAAAUACAGCUUCAUUUGGUGGUGGCGGUAGUGGAUGGGAAUUUUGGAAGUCUAUAUUGGAGAAAGAUGCCAAUGGCUACUGGCCAGAGCUUCCAUUGGUGAAGAAGUCUGUGGCAAUGCUGCAAGCAUUGUUGCUAGAUGAGUCUGGGCACGGUGGUGGUCUUGGUAUAGGUGGAGGCUCAGGUACUGGAAUGGGAGCAAUGACUGCGUUAUACCAGCUUUUAGACAGUGACCAGCCAUUCUUGUGCAUGCUUCGGAUGGUUCUUCUAUCAAUGAGGGAAGAUGAUGAUGGGAUUGACAGUGAGAUGCCUGAAGGAAGGAAAGUGCAGUCAGCACUUUUGUGGAGUGUUCUCUCACCUAUUCUCAACAUGCCAAUUUCCGAUGCUAGGAAACAAAGAGUCUUGGUAGCAUGUUGUGUGCUUUAUUCUGAGGUAUACCAUGCUGUUGGCAUCGAUCGAAAGCUUCUUCGUAAAAAGUACAUUGAGGCUAUCUUACCACCAUUUAUUGCUGUCUUAAGGAGGUGGCGCCCUCUUUUGGCUGGAAUUCAUGAACUUGCAGCUGCUGAUUGUUCAAAUCCUCUUAUGGUGGAUGAUAAUUCUCUAGCUGCCUAUGCCGAGUCAGUUGAGGCUUCUCUUGAUAUGAUAUCUCCAGCUUGGGCUGCUGCAUUUGCAUCUCCACCUGCUUCAUUGGCAUUGUCAAUGAUUGCAGCUGGUACUUCCGGUAGUGAAAGUCAUGCACCUUCAACAAAUGCCAAGCUUAGGCGUGAAACCUCAAUGCUGGAACGGAAACAAGCUAGGCUUCAUACAUUUUCAAGUUUUCAGAAACCUUCCACAACACCUAACAAAGCACCACCCAUACCAAAGAGCCAAGCAGCAGCAAAAGAUGCUGCAUUGGCAGCUGCUCGUGAUGUCCAACGUUUUUCAAGAAUUGGUUCUGGAAGAGGUCUGAGUGCUGUUGCAAUGGCUACAUCUGCACAGCGAAGGAGUGCUAGUGAUAUGGAGCGGGUUAGCAGGUGGAAUAUUACUGAAGCAAUGGGAGUUGCUUGGAUGGAAUGUCUGCAGCCAUUUGAUACAAAGUCGAUAUACGAGAAAGAUUUCAAUGCUUUAUCAUAUAAAUUUAUAGCUGUACUUGUUGCCAGUUUUGCCAUAGCAAGGAAUAUGCAGCGAUCUGAGAUGGACAGGCAUAUUCGUGCAGGUAUAAUAUCUCGGCAUCGUAUAAGCACUGGAAUUCAUGCAUGGCGCAAACUUAUUCGACAGUUAAUUGAGAUGAGAAGUCUUUUUGGGCCUUUUGCAGACUAUUUGUACAGCCCAAUUCGAGUUUUCUGGAAGUUAGAUUUUAUGGAAAGUUCUUCUAGGAUGAGAAGAUGUAUGAGAAGAAACUAUCGAGGGUCUGAUCAUUUAGGUUCUGCUGCAAAUUAUGAGAAUUAUUCAAGCGAGAAUAAUGAUCGGAGCACUCCAGUUUUAUCUGCAGAAGCAAUUACAAUAGAAGGUAUAAAUGAAGAGGAAGAACAGAUAGAAACUGAAAAUUUGGAUGUUACAGUUGAUAAUAUAGGAGAUAAAGUAGAGAAUCAGCCUAAAUUUUUGAAAGGAGCUGAAAAAAUUGUACAAGAGUCUUCAGAUUCCAAUGCAGUUCAACCUGAAAGUGAUGAGGGUGUUGUUCAGAGUUCUUCAGCCUUUGCACCUGGUUAUGUUCCUAGUGAACUUGAUGAAAGAAUUGUUAUCGAGUUACCAUCAACAAUGGUCCAGCCACUUAGGGUUGUACAGGGAACCUUCCAAGUGACUAGUAAGAGGAUAAAUUUUAUAGUUGACAAUAUUGAGAUGAGCACCACAAUGGACAGUUUGAAAUUUAGUUCUGAGACCCAGGACCAAGAAAAGAACCGCAGCUGGUUAAUAUCUACUCUUCAUCAAAUAUAUAGUCGCAGGUAA